AAUGGGCCCAGGGGACCAGCUCAGGUCCCACUGGCCUCAGCUGAUGUGACAUCCAUAGGGAUGUGUGAGUCUCUCACAGCCCAUGGGAGGUUUGCCCUUUCCUGGUUCAUGCAGUAACUGGGUUCAGCUUUAAGGACUGUUCGAUUAUCUCUGGCUGAAAGUUGAAAUAGGCGACCUGGGAUAGACCUCUUUCUCCCUUCGCACCCCAGGAAUGAACAGUCCCUGAGGGGUUUGGUAGCACUCAGGGCACAGAUGUGGCUACAGGGCCAGGCAGGGUAUCCCUUGAUCCGGGAACAGAUAUGUGUUGAAAACAAUCAGUGGGUACCCAGCUACUUGCCUGGCUCCUCAGAGAGGCAGGAAAACUGAGGCACACAGGGACUCAGGGCCAGGCAUAGGAUGAUGGGCUGGGAGAGUGACUUGACUACACACCGUCACCUGCCACACAUCUGUCCAGGUGGGCAGCUAAGUGAGACAAUGUGUAAACCUGUGACCAGAUGAAGGAUGAGCCAUUUGAGCAGCAUCCAUUAAGAGAGAGCUGUAGCCAGGCCUUUGGGGCGACGUAGAUCUGGGUACAGCCAGCAAGGGAGGAAAGAGGAGGGAAUGGCAGUCUCAAGCCAGUGCCAGCCACCGUCGCGUGUCAGGGAGUAUGCCAGAGCCUUGCCUCCUGAGCGCUGUGAGCAUUCUGCCAGGGCUGUCUGCUGCUGUGAGCCACAGUCUCUCUGAGCGCAGUCCCCACCGGAAGCUUGGUGAUGAGGAUGCCGAAGGCAGUUCUGAACAGCAGAGCUCAGGCACCAGGGAAGUCUCAUGCCUGCUGUGCAGUUGGCCUCCGCCUGUGACAAGUCUGGUCAGUGACACGGAGGACACGGUGUGCAGAGCCAGUGAAGGGAGAAAGCAAGCUCAGGCCAGCACAAGCCGCCGUCAUGACAAGAUGUGACAGAUGGGAGGUCUAGACCCUGGUGUCCACCCCUAGACCUGAGGGUGACCUGGGACUGGUCAGAUUGGUCCAGAGAUGAUUUGAGUUAGGAGUUCUGAAUGAGGAAGCUGCCAGCAAUGGACUGACCAGGAAACACAUCAUAAAGAGGCUCACAACUCAGUGGAGAGAAGAAGAUGAGGAAGAGGCUGCCCGUGAGCAGCGUCAACGGGAGCGAGAAAGGCAGCUACAGGACCAGGACAAAGAUAAAGAAGAUGACGGUGGCCAUUCCCUGGAACAGCCAGGACAGCAGACACUCAUCAGCUUGAAGUCCUCUGAACUGGAUGAAGAUGAGGGUUUUGGUGACUGGUCCCAAAAGCCGGAGCCACGGCAGCAAUUCUGGGGGAAUGAGGGGACUGCAGAAGGGACUGAGCCCUCUCAAAGCGAGAGACCAGAGGAGAAACAAACAGAGGAGAGUUCUCACCAAGCCAAAGUCCACUUGGAGGAGUCAAACCUGAGCUACAGGGAGCCCAAUCCAGAGGAUGCUGUCGGGGGUUCUGGGGAGGCGGAAGAGGUCAGGACCCCCAGCCCUUUGGCCUUAGAAGACACCAUUGAGCUGAGUUCACCUCCCCUGAGCCCUACCACCAAACUGGCUGAUAGGACCGAGUCCCUGAACCGCUCCAUUAAAAAGAGCAACAGUGUGAAGAAGUCUCAACCAACCUUGCCCAUUUCCACAAUCGAUGAACGCCUGCAGCAGUAUACCCAGGCCACUGAGUCUUCUGGCCGAACUCCUAAGCUGUCCCGCCAGCCCUCCAUAGAGCUGCCCAGCAUGGCCGUAGCCAGUACCAAGACUCGUUGGGAAACAGGAGAGGUGCAGAGUCAGUCUGCUUCCAAGACACCCUCCUGCCAGGAUAUAGUAGCUGGAGACAUGAGCAAGAAAAGUCUGUGGGAGCAGAAAGGAGGCUCCAAGAUCUCAUCCACCAUCAAGAGCACCCCAUCUGGAAAGCGGUACAAGUUCGUGGCCACUGGACAUGGGAAGUACGAGAAAGUACUUGUGGACGAGGGCUCAGUACCAUAGACCAUGUUUGCAUCCUGGAUAGACUCCGGCCAGAUGCCACUCCCAGCCCUGACCAAGAAAUGGCUUCCUGUUGCCAGUCUGGCCUGCUCUCCUGCCUCCAACAACUAAGCUGCCGCUAGCCUCUCCUUUUGCUCCUGGACCCUCCAUCUUCUCUGCCCUCUCAUCCUUUGACCAACCCUCCAACUCUGCUUCUCACCAUCAGCUAAAGGGACCAGUCCCUAGAGGAGCCAAGAGCUCCCAAGGAAGGAUGAAGGAGAGAAGGCAAGCAUCCCAACCAGAUCCAAGGGGACACUGUCCCCAUACUGAAUGCUCAGGACUCUCGAGUCCUGCCCUGUUUGUGGAUCCCUCAUUUUGUGUAAUAAAGUGCAUUGAGUGUCCCCUAUGCA